CUGGGGAUUUGCUGCUGAGGGGCGACGCUUAAAUAUCACAACAUUAUUUUUCGGGGCCAUGGCAAUUGUGUUAUGUUCCACCCAGGACUCCGAGGCCCAGAUCGGGGAUAGUGCGAUUAACCCAGCUCAAUAACGUCACGGCCGCAUACCAAGAUUGCCUAGUAAAUAUGGGGGCGUAAUACCUACUAGUAAUGCGUGUUGGAAUGGGUGUUUGAAAGGGUCCAACAGGGGAAAAAGAGUAAACACUAGUAGCGUUGGUAAAUAGCAAUGGCUUGCAGACUUCGACGUUAGCCCUUGUUUUGAACAGGCUCUGGAACCUCACAUUUAGUUGCUUCCGUACAAGCUGACAGUUUCGAUUGAUUGAUUAUUUGCUGAUAGGUGCUAUGCUGCCUCGCAACAUGACCGAUGAGCAACCAUCAUCAGUGCUCAGUCGCAGCAAUGGUUGUGGGGGGCACGUCAUAAAUAAUAGAGAGGUCAACGCGGCCGCAAGGCAUCUACUCCAGUUAGCAUCUACCAACUGUGACCAACAUGUCGGGCUGGUAUUUGAUUAUAACCUAGCUCUUUCUACAUUCCUAUUCUCCGGCUUUUCCCCAGCCGAUCUCAACUACCCGGGCCUGGAUGCCAUGACAAAUGUUGUUUCGCAAGUCUUCAAUGCCGAGAAAGGGGUUGUUGGCCCCGCCUCCCAAUUGAUGGUUGAUGCGGGCGAUACAGCCAAUGCAAUUACAUGUCUAAAAUUGCUUGGACAAGAUGAGAGCGCGGCGAAGCUCAUAGAGGUGCUCUUAGCGAGGAUUCAACCUAGUGUCUAUCGAGAGCUCAGCUUCAGUGCCAAUUGCAAUGUGUUGUUGGCCUUGCUAUAUCAAGACACGCCGGGGGACUACUACGAGUGGAUAAUGAAGAGCAUUGGACUCCUGUGUGAUGUGUGGUGGACAGCAAUCAAUAGGAUCGAGUCGAAAGGGAACGUCUCAUCCCUAUAUCCGACGCUCCAGUUCGUAAGAGCGGCCUUGAAAUUGACUGAUUUGGUUGAGAAGGGUCGCCUUCCUCCAUUUGACGAUAUAGUAACCAAAUCUCGCAUUGCCAUAUGUUUGUACCAGGCAUGCAUCAGGACCCUCCUGGAGCAAGGCGAAAAUGGCUCCUGGAACAGUUCAGUCGCAGAUACUGCUCAUGCUAUCGUCAUACUCACUGAAGCACGAAAAUUCGACCUUUUUAGGGAGACUAUGGAUGAAUUAGACUCAGCAAUUAGCCGUGCUGUCAAAUUUCUAAAGCCUUCAACUGUAGUGUCUGAAACCCCUUUGAAUCAGGCCGCCAAUUAUGUAUCAUCAUUCUUAACCGAGACAUUCAGGCUUUCUGCACUGAACACCUCCGCAAAACUGCCAGAUACUCUCAUAGGCUCAAGCCUCCGGGAAGACACAAGCGCCAUACCCAAACUUAUAAAACUGUGGAAGUACACCCCUCUUUUCCAGAAAGUUCCAGAGUGGCAGAUCCGGGCGUCGAUGAUUGAAGGAACACUAUUCCGUCCCAUCGUCAGAGCUCGCAGACUAAAUAUAUUCACGAGGAAGGGCGUGGAAGAAGACAAGUACUUUGAUGUUAUUCCAGUAGCUUGGCCCACAUGUAACUAUCGAACCCGAACAUUUGCCCCGUCGUGCUUCUUGUUUGAGGGCAUGAUGGCCGCGCUCUUAAAUUACCAAGUCGAUGAAUUCAUAGAAGCAGUUGCAGGGGUCAACUACGCUGAUAACAUCCCAGAACUUCGUCAAAUCAUCGACGACGUCAUAGUUUCUAUCAGUGAGGAAAAAUCUGUGGACAACAUAUAUGAGACGUUGUGGGAAGAAUCUGCAGCCAACGGAAUCAGCGAAUUGACUAAUGGAUCCGCCGCGAAUGGGGCCGCCGCAGGUCGACUUUCUACAAUCGACGAAGUCAAACGUCGGGAAGUGUUAGUGCCCUUGACCAAAUUCGUUACCCACGCUCUAAAGCACCCCUCGAUUUUAUCAUCGAGCCCCUGGGAUCAGAAGAACGUCACCAACGAGCUCCGAAUAUAUCUCCAAACACAUGUGACGCAGAGCGAGGACAACAUGCUCUUACAACAGGGCAAGUUUACCAAGGGAGUGAUGAGGGAACACUUCUUCCGAUGGGUCCGCACAACGUCUGCUGAUCACACUUCCGCCACAUAUACCUUCAAUUUCAUCAGCGCCCUCCUGGGCUCGUGGAUUGAGAAUGGACAAGACUGCUUCCCAUCAACCCAGGAGAAGUACUACGCCGCAGCAGCAUGCCAGCACUUAGCAGCUAUGUGCCGCAUGUACAACGACCACGGGUCCGCGAUACGAGAUCACGACGAGGCAAAUGUAAACGCGGUCGAUUUUCCCGAAUUCGGUGUCAGGGUGAUCGACUCCGGCGACAUCGAGAUGACGAGGAAGAAGGAGGCUCUAUUCGAAGUCGCGCAGUACGAGCGGAGUUGUAUUGAGGAGGCAUUCAGACGGCUCGAGGCUCAUGCCGCGGGGUCGAGGUCGGCGGACGCGCGGGCUAGGAAGAGCCGGCAGAUGGAGAUUUGGCGCAUGUUCUACAACGUUACGGAUCUCUUCGGCCAGAUCUAUGUCCUCCGUGACAUCGGGAGUCGCUUGACGGUUGGCAAUGGCACGCCAAGUUAAGGAAGUUUUGCAAUGCUUAUGUUAUUUCUCCAAGCGGAAAAGAGUUUGAAAGCUGGCUAGCGCUGAUCCAUCUACGGAAUGUCUAAAGUUUAGGUUAUAAAUGACUAUAAAUAAAAUGUGGCAACACUAGGCCCCAUGCUCUAAUAGAUGCUUGCCUCUUGUCUAG